GGUACUGCUAAUGUUAAGGGAACCUACUUUCAGUGUAGUAUGAUAUAAAAGAAAUUCGUUACAAUCUCAUAAACUUCUGCAUAGGAGCAUAUAAGGAAAAGAAGAAUAUUUUCAUUAUCAUGCAGAUAUAUUAUUAUAUGGCAAAAAAUUCAAUUGAAGGAAGACCUUGACUGAGGUACAAUAUGGGGGCUUAAAUUUUUGGGGUAGAGUUGAAAAUAUAGACAUGUAUUGCGCACAAAUGUAUAGUUAGACGAAAACCGAAUACACAUAUUUAGAACCACAAACAUUACAACUAGUAAUGCAGAUUACACGCUAUAAAUAUAUACAAGGUUACCAAAAGAAGGAAAAUAAAUAACAGACUUAUUCGAGGUUAUUUGGGAUGUUGAAAAGGCAGUCUCAAAAAAGAUGCAAGCUAAACUCUAGUUGAUGGAUGAGGUAACCUGACGCCUAAACUAGUGACAGGCUUUGGCUAUGGUCCACAUGGCAUUAAGAAUCAAUUUCCAGGGCACGUAAAUGAUAAACAAAGCUAAAGUUACAAUUCUUAUUUAAUACGAGGAACAUUAAAAGCGCAUUAAAAGGUAGCUAAGAAUAACAAAGGAUAAUUUGUCAGAAAAUUUCAUGAAGCCUAGGGAAAAUGCAACCAGUACUGACGUCAUACUGAAUGGAGAAACGUACAUCAAGCAUUCUGCAAUUUGAGCGACAGAUUGCCAUUCAAAUGACGUCAAAUACGUUCGACAGCAUGGCAUCGAAGAACCAAAAACAACACGCCACUACGUAGAUGUGAAGCCGCUAAAUGAGAUGGCAUCGGCGCUUGGAAUCGAUUUAUCGAAACAGAAAUCUGAUCCAAAGUUCUGGGUCAGAUAGUAGUGCCACGAUGAUGGCACUUUAGUUGGUUAGAAAGCAGACAUCUAAACUGCGGACGUAGCUGGAAAAGCUAUUGAAGAUGAGUUCCCACUCAUCUCUUAAGAAUGCAUCGCCAAGGCCCCCAAAGACACCUAGCAACGCAAGCCAAGGGAGUCCAAGAAAAAAGACGGCAGAAAAGGUGCGAAGGGUGAGCUUCAAAGGCGUCGAUAAACGGUCUAGUAGCACCAUGAGGCUGACCGCAAAACGAAGUUCCAUUCUCAAAAACAACCAAGCACCGAAACAAGAAGAAAUGCUUCGCAAAAUUCUUCGGAGUAAUGACGAUCAACGAAAUACGGACUCGGAUUCAAGCAGCAAAUCAGGAAACAGCUGUGAAUCUGCUUCUAGCGAAGAAAGGCAAAGGACACGGAAAGGGCGAAAACGCGGGGAAAGUGCGGGAAAAAAUCAAAGCAAGGCAGCCAUUGAUGAUAUACCAAUUUAUCACACAAAUCUUCCCGCGUAUGUCAUCGCAGUGGCAAACAGAAUGAAAGAAGCAGCAAUAAAGCGAAGGCAGGAUCAGACCAAAGAUGAACUGAAUACUGUUAUGCAUCGAAUAAAAAUGGCAUUGCAUCAUAGUGGAAAUGAUUUCACUGAGACAACAGAUCAAAAGGAUGUUACGUCACAAGAAAUAAUCGUGUAUGGGAUGCCGGAUUUGGAUAUUGAGCGAGAACGGGAGAAAAGAGAUUCGCGGCAGAGGGUUAUCGAAGUGUUUAAGUCAUCAAUGAAAAGAUCUAAAAGCAAGGUUAAUAUCAUACAAGAUUUACACGACUGGUUUCUACAGGUUAAACAAUCCGAUGAAGUCGACGAUAACGAAAUGGAGAAGCAAAAGGAGAGACAUGACGAAGUCGGUUCGAUCCACAAAGCGAUAAUGUCGUCCAUGAACCGAGUGAAAACUUCCUCAAAGAAGCUGAAGAAGAUAGCCAAACAAAUUAUGGCUGCAAAAUUACUGGUUUCAGCUCGAAAAGAGGAAACAGGGGGGAAUAAUCCGGAAGGGGAGACUAAAGGGAGCGCCAAAGCAGGGAAUGAAAGAAAGAUGUUGACCGCGCAAGAAUUAGGGGAUAGGAAGAAUUGGCCAAUAGCAAUCAAGAAGGUAGCUCUGGAACUGGACGACUUCCUGCGAAUGACACAUCAAGAACAAGGCCGAAAACAUUUGCAAAGCAUUACAAAACAAGUUAAAAUAUUUGGCGCUGUGAUGGAGAAUAAACUGCGAGAAAUCAAUGACACAGAAAAGAGGCUACAAGAGAAAACAAUCGAGCUUCAAAAGGCUUUAAAUGAAGGAGAGAGAAUGCAAGAGACGAUUAAGACUAAUAUAGAAAGCAUUAAUGCACACGAAGAGAAAAAUGGCUUAUUGAAGCAGAGAAUUGAAGAAUUGGAAGGAAAAAUGGAUGCUGAUAGAAAUGCAAAGAAGCCAAGAACGAGAGAGAGAAGGCGGUCGGUACUUUUGCCAACAGGCGAAGGGCUAGCCAAGCCAAACAGUAUUGCAGAAGAGAAAAAACAAAAUGUGGAAAAGCGACUGCCAAAUGAACUUAUCACAGAGCAAAUAAAGUCACGUUUAGGUGCAUUUGAUGAUGUUGUUGUUGCUGAAGAAGACAACCAAGAUAUCCCACAGAGAAAUGAGAAGCAGGAUGCUGCGCGGAGACAUACAUUAGCCGCAGGGCAGCUCACGAUGCUAAAAGACUUCUCUAAAGCGAAAAAGAUGGUACAGGAAGAAAAAAUAGCUGAGGAAAUUUCGGAGGAGGUUGCUAGUUCAGUAACAAACAACCAGGAAGGAAAGAUUGAAGAAUACAAAAUUGUGAUAAAAACCCUGGAAAAAACAAUAGAUUCGUUGAGAAAAGAGCUGGCUAAUUCAAGAAAGGACAUCGAACGUCAAGCACUGAAAAUAAUUGAACUUGAGACUGAACUGACAGGAAAAGAAGCACUGGAACAGUGUAUAGAACAAGUGGAGUUGGAGAAGAGAGAAUUAGAAAAGCAACUUCAGACAUCGCUCACCGCGUAUGAGAGAGAACUGGAAGUCAGUCAAAACAAAGCUGACAAUCUCACAGACUCCGUUGAAGAACUGCGGAAUAGCAUGAGAAUUAAAGAAGAUCAAAUUGGUCAUCUUCAACGCUGCCUAGACACAAUGACAGCGGAUAUGCAAACGUUAUUGGAUGAGAAAAUCACUCUUGAGCAGCGACAAGUGAACCAGGUUGUCAAGAUUGAGUUAGGUGACAGCGUAUCAAAACAGCAGCUGCUUGUCAAGUUGAAAAAACAAUACGAAGGUGAACUGCAACGGUUGAGAGACUUCUUAGCCAAAGAGCAUCAAAGAUACUUAGCAGAAAUACGUCGAAAUGAAACACAACAUCGGAACGAUAUACUCACUAUACACAAAGGAAGUAUGCAACUGCUAAAGACAGUGAAUCGAUUCAAAGACUCCUUGGCAAUGAUCCUCGAACGGGAGUCUCUAAACGAGGCAGCAUUUGAACUACGGCAGCUAGAGCCACUGCCAAUAGAGCCUGGAUUUUCCAGCAGCACGGAGACAAAGCAAAUGCUAUCAAUGAUGGCAUACCAAGCAACUGAACUAUUGGUGUCUCUAGAAAAUAGACUAUCAAAAGCUCUUCUCAGCAGGAGGCUUGAGGUAAAGGAGGCUACAACAGCAAAAGGAUUCGUUGUCCGAGACUUGGAAAACCAAAGCGAAAAGUUGCGUAAAGCAAGAGAAACUCUGGCUGUCCAAACGGAGAAAAUGAAAACAUUGGAAGAUGUGAACAGAAACUUUGUAAAUGAUUAUCAAGAACUUAGCGGAAAAUACAAGGCCUUGCAGAAGGAGCUUUCGCCUUACCAGCAGCUGAUCGAGAAUCACAUGCUACUCAAGAAGGAAAUCGAGAGAGUGCAGACAGAGAAUCGCGAGGCGGUUCGAAGGAGUACGUAUCAGCUGACAGAGAUCGAAAGAGACAGAGCACAGCUCAAGCGGGUGGUGCAGAGUCAACAGGAAUUCAUUUCCAAGUUAUCUACUAAACAAACGCCGAACCAGCAACGAAAUAAUAACAAAAGAGAGCAAAGAUAUUCACAAAGAACUGCAUCGAUGUUUUAUAUUGCAAAAACAGAGCAGGAAAGAAACCUUGAGCGUCUGGAUAAAGCAUUUGCAAGCGACCAGAUAACAUCAGAAACACACGAAAAGGCUGCGACGCUUAUCAAGAAAACUAUGGAUCUUCCACGUUUACGGUUUGUGCAUCUAGUACGUAGAUACGUUGCAUAUGAUAGAAUGCAAAAAGUUAAGCAAGCAAUGAAGAUGUCGUUGAUCAAAUAUAAAAAUAAUAUUAGACUUAGUGGUUAUAUUAAAGAUAUGGAGUCAAGAAUAGAGGAGAAGGCAAGAAAAUGGGAGGAAAGGAAGGCAGAGCUUGUUCAGUACAGAGCAACGCUGCUUUUGCAGAUGAUGGACACAUUUUCGUCAGUGCAAAAAGAGACUGGCCUCUUGCUGGUAGAGCCUCUUUGUAAAACUACAACAAAACCUGCAGCGGUUCAUGGCAAAGAAGGAAGGAGGCUUGUGCUCCGACACGAAAAACAGACAUUGAUGCCAUUAGCAGAAAGUAUUGUCGGCAAGUCUAUAAAGCCAGUUAUUGAAGAGAGAUGCACGAUGUGGCAGCAAUCGGACAUUGAUACAGAAAAUGAGACGAUUCUGAUGCCUCGAAUAGUUGAUUUAGAUAUUAACAGAUGGAAGUACUCCGCAAAAUCAAUGUUGGUUGGUGAUAUCAACGAAAUACAAAAGUUUGAAAUUUCAAAAGCAAAAAUGGAGAAAAUAAAGAAAACGUAUGCGGCAAAACUCAGACUCCCACCGAUCGCAUCAAUAUACCCCGAGAAACCACAAAAACAAGACUGGCUUGUUGAAGACGACUGA